GGGGCGGGCUCUGAGCCCGGGGGCAGGGCUCCGCGGUGAAGAGUGGCAGCUGGACUUGCCAGGCUGCGAGGGACAGGGUGCAGAGCCGCAGUGCCGUAGUAGCGGGCAGGCGAGAUAGACUGCUUUCAAGCUGCGGAUCCCCCAGCAGAGGUGGAAGACCCUGGGAGCUGCCUAACGGCAGGCGGGUCGCUUUAUCUCCUAGCAGCGCACUGGAGCCGUCAUCCCCCUCCCCCGAGAAGGCUGCGCGGGCGGGAAGACGCCGAGACGCCAGCUUCGGUCCCCUUUCUGUCUUUCGGUUCCUCUUUCCUCCCAAGUAAGGGAAUAAGAUUCGAGAAAGGAGCGCCCCAGGCAACCGCGCAACCAAGUGUUGCAUAGUGAGGAAAUGCCAAAAUUUGUGAAUUCACCUUGACUACAAACAGGAGAAUGUUACCUGAGGAAUAGCUGAGGACUUUUCGUAACUUCAGAGAUGUGCCUGCCGCUACCAUAGGCACUUGAGUCCCUUGAGAAGUGUCCUGAAGGGCUCAUUUGUUGCACACCUGCAAUGAGCGAGUCCCUGUGCUGGGCCUCAGCUUCACCCUGGUGAACACAGUUCCAUCCCUGGCCUCAACGUGCUCACACCCAGUUUAAAGAUGAGUGAAGAGCAAUGGGUCUCUCUCACUCCCGAAGAAUUUGACCAACUUCAGAAAUACUCUGAAUAUUCCUCCAAGAAGAUAAAGGAUGUCUUGACUGAAUUUAACGAGGGUGGAAGCCUCCAACAAUAUGGCCCACAUGAGCCAGUUAGCUAUGAUGUCUUCAAGCUGUUCAUGAGAACAUACCUGGAGGUAGAACUUCCUCAGCCCCUGAGCACACACCUCUUCCUGGCCUUCAGCCAGAAGCCCAGACAUGAAACUCCUGACCACCCAAAGGAGGGAGCCAGCAGCAGCGAGCCCAGUGGCCCAGAUUCUAAUGUACAGAAUGCAGAUAAUGCUGCUAAAGCAGACGAGGCCUGUGCCCCUGAUACUGACUUGAAAACGGUGGAGAAGCAAGCACCAUCUAAAAACCAAGUGGCUGCAACCCCCCUGGGAGCACCAGCUGCUCCAUCUUCAAGCCCAGAGUCCCCCGUAGUGUACCUGAAGGAUGUGGUGUGUUACCUCUCCCUGCUGGAGACAGGGAGACCUCAAGAUAAACUAGAGUUCAUGUUUCGUCUCUAUGACUCAGAUGAGAACGGACUCCUGGACCAAGUGGAGAUGGAUCGCAUUGUCAACCAAAUGCUGCAUAUUGCCCAGUAUCUGGAGUGGGAUCCCACGGAGCUAAGGCCUAUAUUGAAGGAGAUGUUGCAAGGGAUGGACUACGACCGGGACGGCUUUGUGUCUCUACAGGAGUGGGUCCACGGAGGGAUGACCACUAUCCCACUGCUGGUCCUCUUGGGAAUGGAUGACUAUGGCUCAAAAGGGGACGGGAGGCAUGCCUGGACCAUGAAGCAUUUUAAGAAGCCAACCUACUGCAACUUCUGCCACAUCAUGCUGAUGGGGGUGCGGAAGCAAGGCCUCUGCUGCAUUUAUUGUAAAUACACUGUCCAUGAGCGCUGUGUAUCCAAAAACAUUCCUGGGUGUGUCAAAACAUGCUCAAAAGCCAAAAGGAGCGGUGAGGUGAUGCAGCACGCGUGGGUGGAAGGGAACUCCUCCGUCAAGUGUGACCGGUGCCACAAAAGUAUCAAGUGCUACCAGAGUGUCACCGCGCGGCACUGCGUGUGGUGCCGGAUGACGUUUCACCGCAAAUGUGAAUUAUCGACGUUGUGUGAUGGUGGGGAGCUCAGAGACCAUAUUUUGCUGCCCACCUCGAUAUGUCCUGUCACCAGGGACAGACAAGGUGGAAAGUCUGAUGGCAGUAUGGCAGCCAAGGGCGAGCUUGUAAUGCAGUAUAAGAUCAUCCCCACCCCGGGCACCCACCCACUGCUGGUCUUGGUGAAUCCCAAGAGUGGAGGGAGACAAGGAGAAAGAAUUCUUCGGAAAUUCCACUACCUGCUCAACCCCAAACAAGUUUUCAACCUGGACAAUGGGGGACCUACUCCAGGCUUGAACUUCUUCCGUGAUACUCCAGACUUCCGUGUUCUGGCCUGUGGAGGAGAUGGGACAGUUGGCUGGAUCUUGGAUUGCAUUGAUAAGGCAAAUUUUGCAAAGCAUCCACCAGUGGCUGUCCUGCCUCUUGGAACAGGAAAUGACCUUGCCCGAUGUCUCCGUUGGGGAGGAGGUUAUGAAGGGGGCAGUUUGACAAAAAUCCUGAAGGACAUCGAGCAAAGCCCCUUGGUGAUGCUGGACCGUUGGUAUCUGGAAGUCAUCCCCAGAGAGGAGGUGGAGAACGGGGACCAGGUUCCAUACAGCAUCAUGAACAACUAUUUUUCCAUUGGCGUGGAUGCUUCCAUUGCACACAGAUUCCACAUGAUGAGAGAGAAACACCCUGAAAAAUUCAACAGCAGGAUGAAGAACAAGCUGUGGUACUUUGAAUUUGGUACCUCGGAGACCUUUGCAGCCACCUGCAAGAAACUUCACGACCACAUUGAGUUGGAGUGUGACGGAGUGGAGGUGGACCUGAGCAACAUCUUCCUUGAAGGCAUUGCCAUUCUCAACAUUCCCAGCAUGUAUGGAGGCACCAAUCUCUGGGGAGAGACCAAGAAGAACAGGGCUGUGAUCCGGGAAAGCAGAAAGAGCAUCACUGACCCUAAGGAACUGAAAUUCUGUGUCCAAGACCUCAGUGACCAGCUCCUUGAAGUGGUGGGGCUUGAGGGAGCCAUGGAGAUGGGGCAGAUCUACACCGGCCUGAAGAGUGCGGGCAGGAGGUUGGCCCAGUGUUCCUCUGUCACCAUCAGGACUAACAAGCUGCUGCCCAUGCAAGUGGAUGGAGAGCCCUGGAUGCAGCCAUGUUGCACGAUUAAAAUUACUCACAAGAACCAAGCACCCAUGAUGAUGGGGCCUCCCCAGAAGAGCAGCUUCUUUUCACUGAGGAGGAAGAGCCGUUCAAAAGACUAAACAGUGUGCCAAACGCCAGCUAACCCAAGAGAGAAAACAAGAGACUGUAACUACAUGCACACACACACACACACACUUACACAAACAUGCGCACACACACAAACACACACACACUUCUCUAAUUAGUGGAAGCAAAACCACCCUUCUGGAAGAAAACUUUACCUUCUAUACAGUUUAUUAAAAAAAAUGGAUACAUUUCUAACAGAGCCAGUGCCCAGAACAUUUUGAAAAGACUUAGGCCCACCAGGGUGGGUUGGCUCAUGCAGCGACCUCCAAAUUCCCACAGCCCUUGGGGAGAACUUUCUGAGACUGAAGGAGAAAUCUCUUUCUUUUCACCAGCUCUACAAGUUUCCUCACAGUCGCUCGCUGCUCGUGAGGAGCAGGCUGCAGGUUUCCUGCUAUGGUGAGAUGAGAUCGGAUGUGGUCGAGGGAAAGAGCUCCGUUCCAGAGAACUUGCACAAAGGUCCUUCUGUACAGAGACACAUCAGCCUCGCGCUCUCUGCACAUAAUCCUUGGCAGGGCUCAGCAGGCGCUCGAUGGUCUCUUGGUUGUCCUUUGAGCGACAGCUUCUCCCCAGACUUGCUGAGAAGGCAGAAAGGCUGUGGAAAGCUGUGUUUCCAUUCCUAGGUUCUCUACCCCAUUGGUGGGCACUUGUUCAUUUCCCCAAGCCUUCUCCUGGUGGCUGGGUGUUUGUUUAGAGACGGCUCCAAGAGCCCCCUGAGCUGCCUGUGCAGCGUGCCUUAGAUGUGGUAUUUAUUUUCUUAGUUCUGUGAACACCUGGGAGGGAAAGUGGAGAAACUGGGAUUUAUUUUUUAAACUGGUGUCAUAAUAUUGUGUAAAAAGGGAAAGAAAAAAAAAACACCCCCAGUUUCUUUUCUUCCUGAGCCAAAGCGUGUUUCCUGUUGAGUUCCAAGCCCUGGUGGUGGACUAUUUCCCAAAGUCAGAGAAGAUGAGAGGACAGGACUGUGCUGGGGACAGGAAGACAGUCCAUCAGGCAGUUCCCAUCACCUCUCCGCACUUCCCACCCUCAGAUUCUGAUCUGAAGGACCUUCUGAUGGUCUUAUGUGUGUAUAUAUGUAGCAUAUAUAUUUAUAUAUAACAUAUAAAUAUUUAUUUACAGCUGGACUUUUUCUGAUUGGAAAUAAACACAGGUAAUAUGGGAAUAGAAAGCGGGAAAGGAACCUUCCACCAUUUCAUUGUCAACACCUUUCCUCAUGCUGAUCAUAAUGUUUAAGGGAAAUGGAAGGAUGUCCUUAUCGUGAAGAGAACUCUCCUGUUCUGGAUCAUCAAAACAGCCAUGAAAGACAUGCUGGGCAGGUUUACUCUCCCAUUUGUGAGAUAAGGAAAUAGAGAAAAGUGAAGAGACAGCUCCAUGGUCUCUUGGCUAAUGUGUUUUGAGAGUAGGUGCCACUAAGAAGACAAUUACUAGAGGAAAGAACUCACACAGCUGGGAAUAGGGUCAUUUCUGGUCUCUGAGAAGUGAUUCCACUUGGAUCCAGGGUGCCAGGGGAAAAUGAGCAUGCAGCAUAUGUUUGGAUGGGACAACCCCAGGUGAUAGAUCGGGGCCUUGGUGUGCUUCAAAAGUUCUCUCUGACCUAACCUGAAGAGAAGUUGGUCUGAAGUUGAAGACAUGAGACAGAUCAUCACAUUGAACCCUCCACAUAUCUCCUCAUCAUGGUCACCAGAAUCCCUUCAUUUGGAAACACUUUGGCUGCAGGAAAAGUCACAAGCAGGACUGAGGCACCUUCUGCAAGGUGCUGCCAGCCAGGACAGAGGGGUGUCAGCAGAGCUCAGUGGGCUUCAUUCACCUGGCUCCAGCAUUACCUCCCCUUCCUAAGGGCAACUAUGCAGCACUUCAUCGGUGGAAAACAACAGUUCCUCUACCCAUUAGCUCACUGGGACUUCCAUUCUCUCAGAUUUCUCAAGAGAAAACAUGAGCUACUUGACAUCAUUCCAAUGAGCUGCUUUUAAUCUCCUUGCAUUGGGCCAGGAGCUUUGGACAAGGAAGACAAUAUUAAGAUUGUGUGCACAAAUGGAGCCCACCUCUGAAGGAAGUAAUCUUCUAGGACCAUCUUGGACUGAGAUAUGAGACCAUUCUGCUCAAAUAACAGUGCAGAAAUGCUGAGCAAGGGGAAGAGCAGGUCACCUGAAGAAUAUCCUUACUGAUGGAAUCCUAUGUGGUGUGACCAACAAGCUCCAGAAUGACUACAGGUCCUCACUCCCAGAUACCAACUGGAGUGUGUCCUAAGACUACUCAGAGAAGAAAUGGCCAAGAAUGGAUACCCAGUGAAGAAUUCAUCUGGAUCAAGUAUUCACACAGCAUUAAAGAUUCACGGAGAUGUAGUAAAGAUCAAGGGCAAUGAAAAGAGUUCAGGCAGUCAGACAUUAGAAUUCAGUAACUGAUAUCUAAAGGUGGAAUGAAGAUUUGAAGUGUCCUUUUACAAAUCUGUUGGAUGGCAAGAAGCUGGUGACCCAGCUACAGAGAAGAGGCUUCACAGCAAGUUGCUGACCCAGCUUCCAGCACAGCUGUCCUCCUCCAUAGAAUGGGAAGAAGUAACCUUUUAUGCUUCUCUGUGCCAUUGACCUUAAGGCUUGAAAACAAGUGAGAGAGAGCCUUCUAUCUUGGAAAAGUUGGGCAAAUGCUCCAUGGAGGUUGUUGGGGAAAGGAGCCAAUCCACGUCCCAUGAGGGGAUGAGGGGUGAAGCCCUGCCUAGAAAAACAAGAGCAACAUGGGGAGUGGGCUACAGUCCUGUCUCAGCCUUGUGGUCUUGGACAUGACCUUUAGCCUUCUGGGACCUCUCUUUCUACCACCUAUUAAGUGAGGGAGCUCUAAAGACCAUCCUGCAUCAGUGAUUUUGCCUCCCCCUGGGGUAAAUGCUGCAGCCAUAGGAGAUAAGGCAGGUUCCUUGUCCUCUUGGGUUUCCAACUAGACCCAAGGCUUCCCCCAGCCCUGCUGACACUGAAGGGCUCCUCCUAGCUCCUCAGCCAAGAAUCGACUUUCUUUUCCUCUCGACAAUCGAUUAUAUUUGGAAACCAGUUCAUUUGGGAGGCCCAUCAUGAAACACCACAAAGAAACUCUUUAGUAAGCCCUCCACCUAUACACACAGACACACACACACACACACACACACACACACCAAACCCUGAAAUGUAAGUGUUUUCCCUUCUGUGUACCAAACUUCUUUUGGCCCUUUCUACUUGCCAACAAGUUGGGAGAGAGUUCAAUCCCACAAGGAAACACAUUGCUCCCAUUAGGGAACUCACAAAUCCCACAUGUUUGGGGGUGACCCUGGGCACAGGCUGAAGCUAAAGAUCCUAACACACUUCAACUGCAAUCUAUAAAUGCAGACUUUACCAGCCAAGACUGCAGCAGAAACUAAUUAGCACAGUGCCAGGGUCCUUCCCUCCCUGCUCUCCCACCUCCACUGCCUCCCCCACCAUGGACUUGUUGUUCCCUAACAGCGGUUGCCUGCUCAAGCCUGCCUGUCUGCCUGCACAGAGUGCUGUGGACUUGUUCUGUAAUGCACUGUGUGCGUGUGUGUGUGUGUGUGUGUGUGUGUCCUGACUCUGUGGUUUACUGCAAAUAAAAAUGACAGCAGAUGACUGGCCCCUGA